AUGUACAAUCUUGUAUUUAGGCUCCCUCGCAAGCAGGAAUGCCCUGAUAUUUUUAUCAAGAAAAGAAGACACCCCAAGUGCACGUACAUCAAUCAUAGAAACAAAGAGAAACCUUUUGUUAACUUCAAUACUUGCUUACCACAGAUAGAUAAUAGUCCUUCCCCAGUUCUAGAGCAGGAUAUACAGGUUUUUGAUGAAAAUAGAGCAGUUUCAGACAUGACACUAGAGAAUCAAGACCAGAACAAGAAGUCUUUUCUGCGAAAACUUAUCUUGCAGAAGGAGGUAAGAGGGAGGAAGGCAGAGGAAGUUUCGUUUGAUUCAUCUGAUAUGUAAAUGAAUCACUUGCGAUCAUUGUUUCUCUCUUGAAUUGUGUUAAGGAACCUCU